UACUUCGAGGAGCGGAAUACCGAUCUGUUCUUCUCGCACCUGACCGUCAACUCAUACACGGGUCAGGUGUACGUCGGGGGCGUGAACCGGAUCUACCAGUUGUCGCCCCAAUUGGCCACCGAAGCCGUGGCUGUGAUGGGACCCGAGGAGGACAGCGCCGACUGUCCGGUGACCCGAAACUGUCCCAAAACGGUUAAGAAGCCGACCAUCUAUUACAACAAAGUGCUGGCCAUAGACUACGCGCAGUCACGACUCCUCACGUGUGGCUCACUCUUCCAGGGGGUCUGUAGUGUCCAUAAGUUGGACAACGUUUCCACUUAUGACUCGUCGGCCACCGAGUCGGUCGCCGCCAACAACGCCACCGCCUCCACAGUGGCCUUCAUCGCGCCCGGACCUACCAAGUCACCCAAACAUGUGCUCUAUGUCGGCGUCUCCUACACGGCUAACGGGCCCUAUCGGUCUGACGUACCGGCAGUCAGUUCCCGGUCACUCGACCCCAGCGCGAUGUUCACGAUAGCGGCGACGGGAGUGACGACAGGGACGCGACUCUUGGUGAACUCGUUGGCUCGGGACCGGUACCCCAUAAGCUAUGUGUACGGCUUCCAGUCGCGCGGCUUCUCCUACUUCCUGACCAUUCAGAAGAAGUCUGCGGAGGCGUCGCGUCCUUUCGUGUCAAAACUGGUCAGAAUCUGCCAAAAAGACUCCGACUAUUACUCGUACACUGAAGUGCCGAUUAUGUGCCGCUCCUCCCACGACAACCACGACUACAACUUGGCUCAGGCAGCCUUUGUGGGCAAACCCGGCUCAGAGUUGGCCACAUCGCUGGGCAUCACAGCACAGGACGAUAUACUGUUCAUCGCGUUCGCCAAAUCCAAGGAUGAGUCCGAUGUGUUCAAUAGGCCCUCAGCCCAGUCGGCGCUCUGUGUCUACGCCCUGUCAGCCAUUCACCGCAAAUUCACUCAAAACAUUCAGCACUGCUUUAAUGGCAAUGGAAACCAAGGCCUCGACUUCAUAAACAUCAUACAGCCCUGCGUUCCCACUCAAGUUCAAAUCAAUGACGACUUCUGUGGUAUGGAUGUCAACACACCGUUGGGUGGAUCGAUGCCCAUCGAGGCCGCACCGGUACUCUCGUAUAACAAUCAAUUGUUGACAUCAGUGGCGGCCACCUCUACGCACGACUACACUGUCGUAUUCCUGGGCACUGAGAGCGGACAUUUGAAAAAGUGA